GGGGAAUAUGAAAGGGGUUGUGAGUUGCUGCUUUGUGAUCAUGUAAUUUUGUUGAGAUCUAUCUGAUUUCUGAUUUGGCUGAAUUGUUGGUAUUUGUGGCUUUGAUGAUUGGGGGUUAGGACAUUUGAGAACUGUGAAGUUAUGGUUUUUUUUUGUUUGAUUUAGAUUAUUGGGGUUUUGUGUUUAUUUAAAUGGGAUUUAAAAUGGGUUUUGGCUGUUUGUGUUGCUUAAAUGGAGUUUAGAAAAACUAAGAUAGGAGGAAUUUCUUUUAGUGCUGUUAUGCCAUUGAAGAGGAAGAGUGAUACAUUAGAUCGUGAGGCUGAGUCAAAUGAGUGGACUGUGGCUGGAUACAUCGAAGUGGUUAACAGCAAUCUCCAGACACCUGUAUCAGGAAAGGGGGGAAGGACAUCAAAAACAUCCAGGGCAACAAAGAGCAAUAAAUGUCCACAAACUCCUGUUUCACAUCUUGCAGGUUCUCCUGGCAAUAAUCUCACUCCAACUGGUCCCUGUCGUUAUGAUAGCUCCCUAGGGCUCUUGACAAAGAAGUUCAUCAAUUUGAUUAAACAAGCUGAAGAUGGUAUUCUUGAUCUAAAUAAAGCUGCUGACACUUUAGAGGUUCAAAAGCGAAGGAUAUAUGACAUAACAAAUGUCCUUGAAGGGAUUGGUCUCAUUGAAAAGAAACUCAAGAACAGAAUUCAGUGGAAGGGACUUGAUGUCUUGAGGCCCGGGGAGAUGGAUGAAAGUGUUACAUCUCUACAGGCAGAAGUUGAAAACCUUACCCUUGAGGAGCGCAGAUUAGAUGAACAAAUAAGAGAAAUGCAAGAGAGGUUAAGGGACCUGAGUGAAGAUGAAAAUAAUCAAAAGUGGCUUUUUGUUACUGAAGAAGAUAUCAAGAGCUUGCCCUGCUUCCAGAAUGAAACAUUGAUAGCUAUUAAAGCUCCACAUGGAACCACUUUGGAAGUCCCAGAUCCUGAUGAGGCUGUCGACUAUCCCCAGAGAAGAUACAGGAUAGUCCUUAGAAGCACAAUGGGUCCUAUAGACAUUUACCUUGUUAGUCAAUUUGAAGAGAAAUUUGAGGAAAUACGUGGCUCAGAGCAACCUCAAAACUUUCCAUCAACAUCAGGCUUGAAUGAGACCCAAGCAACAAUGGUAACAGAUGACAACAGAGGGAAGGAGAUAGAAAUGCAAGGUCAAGAUGCUCAGCGAAUGUACUCAGAGGUUAAUGCCACACAGGACUUUGUGAGUGGAAUCAUGAAGAUUGUUCCCGAUGAUUUUGAUAGUGAUGCUGAUUAUUGGCUAUUAUCAGAUUCUGGCGUGAGCAUCACAGACAUGUGGCGGACUGAACCUGUUGUUGAAUGGAAUGAGUUAGGUACGCUUAAUGAAGACUAUGUCAUGGGCAACAUUAGCACACCACAGCCCCAAACACCACCUUCAAAUGAAACAGAAGUGCCUCCCACUAAAUUUUGAUUCAACUUCUUGGCCAUGAGCACACUUUCAUGAAUCGAAGUGAAAUCAACAGGCUUGCUCAUCUGUCAGGACCUAAGAUGUUUAAGUUCCUUGCCUUCAACCUUGCUGAUGCACAGGUAAACCCAAAGGUUCUCAGAAAAUUUCCUACCUUGCUUUCCUUAAAAGUCUGGGGAACCAAAGAGGAUAGAUAGAAGGUAGAGGAAUCAUUGUACAGUUAAGAGAUACAUGUGAUCCAUGUGAUCUUGUAGUUUGUAGUGUUUUACAUCCGAGUCCGUCCCUGUAAAUCUAUAUUAUACCUUUUGUUUGCAUUACUGUGUCAAGUAGAAGAGCUGCUUUUAGAUUAACUUGACAUAAUGUAUGGUGAAU